AGUAGAAUUUCCGAUUCUUCUGGGGAAGAAGACGAAGGAAACACGCGCGACGGGGAUAAUGGAGCUACAUUUUUCAAGUAUCUCGUAUCAUCUGCAUCCUACCUGAUUUUCUGCGGUUUGGCUUCACUGUGUGAGCUGAUCGAUCUCUCUGGUUAUUACGUUGCGGUCCUUUUUUUUUCUUUCUAAAUAGCUAUAAUAGUCUCAACAACGUAGCUAAAAGUGGGUCAUUCAAGUUUGAAAAAGAAAUGUAAGUAGUUUUGGUGGAUCAAUUCAAGGAUUCAGGCGAUCUUAAUUCUUCUGGGCCUCCUUAAAAGAUUUCGUCUAGCUAGGAUCUCUGACUACUGGAAGAAGACUACACAACAAGUUUAGUGCGUAAACUCUUUGUUUACUGGUUAGGUUGCAUCGUCUGCUUUUGCUAGAUUUGUGUCAAGAAUGGAGAUGAAGGAAGAGGAAAGGUAAAGGUUGUGUAUUCUGUAUAUUUCCUUACCAAAUGGGUUUGUCAAAUAGAACACAUGUAUUCUAUUACUGGUUUCAAGGUUCAUUGCUUGUUCAUUUUUAAGGAAGCAAGGUUUUGAACCUUCGAGUAGAUAAUGGCUAGUGUGGCACUUAGUCCAGCGUAUGAAAAAUACUUUACCUCCCCUCGUAGAUUUACCAGCUUCUGUGGUCCUCAAAUGAGGGACUCGAGUUUGAUUUACCUAAGUGUUGGUGGAUCUGUGAUUCCCAUGCAUGUUAUGGAGACAGAUUCAAUUGCCUCAGUGAAGCUUAGAAUUCAGACCUUUAGAGGCUUCUUUGUAAAGAAACAGAAAUUGGUUUUUGAGGGGAGGGAAUUGGCUAGGAACAAUUCUUGUGUUCGUGAUUAUGGUGUAACUGAUGGGAAUGUGUUGCACUUGGUGCUAAGGCUCUCUGAUAUUCAAGCUAUUACAGUUAGGACUAUAUGUGGAAAGGAGUUUGAGUUUUAUGUUGAGAAGAAUAGAAACGUGGGUUAUGUAAAGCAGCAGAUUGAAAGGAAGGGCAAAGGAUUUCUGAACCUCAAGGAUCAAGAACUGAUAUGUGAUGGCGAGGCACUUGAAGACCAGAGACUCAUUGAAGAAAUCUGUAAGGAUAAUGAUGCUGUAAUUCGUUUGUUGGUGAGAAGGUCUGCCAAAGUGAGGACUAAAGCAGUUGAGAAGGAUUUUGAAUUGUCAAUUGAGGCAUCGUACGCACAUGAGAAGGUGGUAAAUUUGGGUGAUGAACAUUUCGGGCCACUGUUUGUGACCAAUAAGUUCCUGGAGAGGAAGCAAUUGAUAAGAGAUUUUCUUCUGGAGCCAAUCAUUGUUAACUCCAGUAUCACAAUUCCACAGGUGAUCCAGGAGCUUAUUAAAACUACUUCACAGGGCUUAGAGAGGGGCAAUAAACCAAUUCAAUCAUCAGAGGGAUCUGGAGGUGCUUAUUUCAUGCAAGAUGCAUCUGGUUCAAAGUACGUUUCUGUUUUCAAGCCUAUUGAUGAGGAGCCAAUGGCUGUUAAUAAUCCUCGAGGACUUCCAGUCUCUGUGAAUGGGGAAGGCUUGAAGAAAGGCACACGAGUAGGACAGGGGGCAUUGAGAGAAGUUGCAGCAUACAUUUUGGAUCAUCCUAGGGAUGGACCUCGCACUUGUAGUAAUAAUGGGGAGGAGGGAUUUGCUGGGGUACCUCCAACAGCUAUGGUCAAAUGCCUGCAUGAAGGAUUCCAUCAUCCCAAGGAAUUUAUGUAUGAUUCAAAUGAUAUAAAAAUAGGGUCACUUCAGAUGUUUAUGAAGAAUACUGGAAGUUGUGAAGAUAUGGGUCCUCUUUCAUUUCCCACAGAGGAGGUGCACAAGAUUUCGGUGUUGGAUAUCAGAUUGGCAAAUGCAGAUAGGCAUGCUGGUAACAUUUUGGUUAGCAAGGACGGCGAAGGUGGUAGAAUAGUGCUUAUUCCAAUUGAUCAUGGCUAUUGCUUGCCUGAGAUCUUUGAAGACUGCACAUUUGACUGGUUGUACUGGCCACAAGCUCAGGAGCCUUACUCUGCAGAUACCAUUGAUUACGUAAAAUCUCUGGAUGCCGAAGCAGAUAUAGAACUUUUGAAGUUCCAUGGAUGGGAUCUUCCUGCCAAGUGUGCCCGUGUCUUCCGCAUAUCCACUAUGCUUCUAAAGAAAGGGGCUGAGAGAGGAUUCACUCCUUUCAGCAUCGGAAGCAUCAUGUGCAGAGAAACACUGAAGAAGAAAUCUGUGAUCGAGCAGAUUGUUGAGAAAGCAGAAGAAGCUGCACUUCCUGGAUCAAGUGAAGAUGCCUUUCUUGGUAUUGUUUCAGAGCUCAUGGAUAGUCAUUUGGAUGAGCUAGCCCGUUGAGUAAAAUACUUACAAUAACUAUCUCUUCUCAAUCUCAUGUUGCGCGUGUGGUUAUCACCACCUUGUGUUUGUGUGUUGUGUUUGUAGAACAUGAAAAUAGUAUAUACUAUAUAGACCAUAAAUGGUUGUAGAGGACUCGUUCUUGUAAUAUCAUGAUCACCCUUUUACUCUUCUAUUUUGGAUGAGUCCACCAUAUUAAUUAAUGAGAUUCUUACUUCUGGUUCUCUUUUCU